GCUUAGCUUGGGCAGAGGCGGCGGCGCUGAUUCGGCGUGGUCUUGCUCUCUGGUUUGGGUCGCUGGGACUCCUGCGACGAAGGAAGAUUAAGACGGAAGAUGAGCAUCGUUUCGUGGAACUGCCGCGGGCUGGGUAACCUUGCAACGGUUCAGGUAUAGCUUUCUUAAUGGAAAUGAAAAUACUGGGGAAUCGUUGUGAAGCUAUCGGUGAUCAGUUGGGGUUUCACAUAUGUCUUGCCAUUGAUGGUCAAGGUUUGGGGGGGGGGGGGGGGGGACUCUGUUUAAUGUGGCGUGAAAGCAUAUCAGUGGAAAUAAUCGGAUCGGCAGCCAACUAUAUUGAUUGUUUAGUUCAAACAGAUGAAGUUGAAUCAAAAUGGCGUUCUACGGGGUUCUAUGGAUACCCGGACCGAACCAGAAGGAGAGAAUCCUGGGCACUACUUAGACAUCUAUCACUGCUUUCGGAUAAGCCUUGGCUGCUUAUGGGAGACUUCAAUGACAUUGUCUCCGAUUCGGAAUGGCGAGGCAGAAUACCGCAGCCCCCUUGGUUGUUGCGUGGGUUCCGGGAGGCAAUUCAGCACAGUGGGCUACAAAAUGUAACCUUUCAAGGUUACCAAUUAACGUGGGAACAAGGUCGGGCAAUUCAACACAGUGGGCUACAAAAUGUAACCUUUGAACGAGC